CUAGCCGUCCUCACAUCAUUCGUAGCGGCCAUGGCCAUCUACGGCCUUUUGAAAGUCUCCAGCACUGAUACCUAUCCACGAAUGAACGUUUCGGCGCAAAUGGAGGAUCUUCCAAAGAGCUUCUACGACACGGACGGACUCGCGGGGUACAGCUAUAAUAUAGUGCCGGACAUACUGCACCUGGUUAGGUACAAUCAGGCCGAAUUGGACUUCAUUGACGUGGUGGGGUUCCGCUCCAUGUAUUUGAACCACCGGCCCGAGAAGAUAUACGUUCACUGCAGUCCAUGCGGCUUUGAGGGGAACUACACUCGUUGGCUGGAAGGCAUCAACUUCACCUUCAUCCCCGCAGUUUUCCCCACUGAGGUUUUUGGCAUUCCCAUAAUGUUGCCUCACCACGCAACCGAUGUGCUCCGCCUGAGGGCGCUGAUGCGCUACGGAGGCUACUACCUCGACCGAGACGUGUUCGUGGUUCAAUCUUUGCGACGCUUUUUGCGAUACGAGGCAACGAUCAGCUGCGCGAGCAAUGCUGCACUGGGAAACAACCUCAUCUUCUUUCACAAGAAUUCGCGGUUCCUUCGGCUCUACCUGGACACCUACCGCAAGUUGAACGACUCAGUGUGGUAUUACAACGCGGGCAUGCUGCCCACCGAAGCUAUACUUGAACCGCGUCCGCACCUCGUCCAUCGAAUGUACUACGGCCUGGAAACCGAACUGGACAUGCUCGACGUGCUCUACGAGCCACAUGCGUACCCGUAUUGGCGGAAUGCCUUUGCCAUACACUUUCUGUCGCAUUACCGGAUGCAGUCGCCAUACGAUCCGUUGCACGCCGCUCCGCUGAACGAAAGCAACAUCAGAGACUACGACAAUGCCUUUGGACAGAUGGCGCGCUCGGUUCUAUUCGGAACCUCCGACUUCGUGUCCCCGGAUGCACCAGUGCUGAGCGUCGCCGAGCUCGCCGCUAGAAAGGACCGGGGCGAGGACCUCACCAGCAUGCGCUCCGGCAAUGUGCGGCCAUUUUUUCAUCCCGUGAUAAACUCGACCGAAUAAAGCAUGCCAGGUGGCAUUAUAUGUGCUGAAGCAACAUAACUGUUGCUACUU